GAGCAAUCUCCCUGUCUUUUUUUUCUUUGGUAAAAUCCAAAGCUCUCUCUGUAUAUAACAGUGCGUCAGCAUUAGUUCUCCUGUUCUGUGUCUCAUGGUAAUGUAGAGAAAAUGCACUUGAUUUUCCAUAGCUGUGUUUUUUUUCUGUGGAUGCAAACAUUGACCUUUGUGAGAGCGAAAUCAUGUGGUCAUCCUGGCGAAGCCCAAUUUGCUGAUUUCCGUCUUGACAAGGGAGAGGAUUUUGUCUUUGGUUCAGAAGUUGUUUACACGUGCCGUGAUGGUUAUCAAAUGGUCAGUAGGACAAGCCGAAGACGCUGCACUGCAAAUGGCUGGGAUGGAGUUGUUCCAGUUUGUGAAAUACUGAAAUGCCCAGUCCCUGUUAUCGAUGAUAAUGUGAAUGUGAAUGGGGAUCCAGAAGAUUCAACCGUCGGCAACUUACUCCGAUUUGACUGCAAGAAUGACAAUGAGAUCCUGAGUGGGCCAUCACAGAUUUAUUGUGCUGAAAAUGGACAAUGGAAUGAACAACCUCCAACAUGUGAAGAGUUACGUUGUGUCAAACCUACCAUUGAAAAUGGCUAUGUGCUUAGUGGUACCCCACACUACAAAGAGCAUCAAGUCUUAAAUUUUGACUGUAAUACUGAUUAUAAACGUGGAAAUGAAAGGCUUCCACAAUGUUCAAAAGCAGGAUCAAGAGCAGUCUGGAUUCCAACUCCUGAGUGUAGACCUCCCUGCGAGACACAAGACGGUAAACAGACCACAGGUUCCGAUUGUUCAAGUCCACCUUUGCUGGACAAUGGAGACAUCAAAGAUUCUCUUAAACAAAAAUACAAACAUGAUGAAAAAGUUGAGUACGUGUGUCAGGCCUGGCACAUAAUGGAGGGUGGACCAUUCAGAAAAUGCGUGGAUGGUGAAUGGACUGGAGAGAUUACAUGUCUCAGACCCUGCACCGUGAAUGAAGACGACAUGAAAGCAAAUAAUAUUCAACUGAUACGUGGAGAGGGUAAAAUAUAUUCAGAACAUGGUGAUCAUAUCACAUUUGAAUGUACAGGAAGAAAAUCCCGUGUGGGCUCAGUGGCAUUCCGUCAGAUGUGUAAGGAUGGUGUAAUAACUCUGCCCAGAUGUGAGUGAGAGUUCUGUUGAGCCCAGUUUAAUCCCCGCAUGCUGACAUACGAAUGAUUAACGAGAGUAAAGUGUUGUGUGAUUCAGGCCUGCGAGCUGUCAUGAAAACAUGCACACUGAGUCCUUUAGCUCGAUGUGUUUGAUGAAUCAUGUUUAAUUUCACAUCAAAUCUCACCAAAAAAACUGCUUGAUAAUCAGAAUCUUUGUUGAACUCCUUGUGCAAGUUCUUUAAAUGAUCCUCAGCCUACUUUUUUCCUUUGAGAAUGUGGUCGUUACACAGUGACACAAACCACAAGCUGCGUUUGUUUUUGAUUUUGAUUUGGGAACUUUUCAAGUCAAAGAUCACAUUCUAAGAACAUCCAAUAUAGUUUAUCUAUCAUAUCAGCUAAAAAAACUUCCAUAGCUGGGAACUAAAGAGUGUGGAUUUUCUGUAUUCAGUGUUAUAUUACGAUUCCCUUUUUAAUUUAUUACUUCUCUGUUUUGUUCUCAUUUUGUGGGGAAAAUUAUAAUUACAAUUAUUAUUAUUAUUAUUAUUAUUAAUUCGUAAAAAUCUAACUGAUUUUAGGACUAAUAAUAUUAGGAAUAGGGAAUCUAAUCUAACAUUGAUCUACAUUCAAAUUUGUCCUAAAAUGUUCCUGAUAAAUUCUGAUAUGGGCGACAUACGAACACACAUCACGGUAUGUCAGCCAUCCCCAGAGUUUAGAUGUAUAUCAAUCAGAAGAAUCUAACUCAGCAGCAACUCUGACAGCAGCAUAGACAUACUACACGUAUGUUAAGGAUGCUGUGUCAUGUUUGCUGCAGAUCGGGCACACGUACAGAGGAAAAUUCCCAAACACGUGGUGUUGAUAUUAGCACAAUCAAUAAAGUUUAAAGUUUAGCUUAAAAAUGAGCCAAUACUAAGGGACGACAAGUCUAAGUACACCAGAAAAUCUCUCCAAAAAUGGCUGAGAGGGAAAUGAAUAACUGUAUUGCAGAGCCAAAUGUAGAAUUCUAGCCUUCAAACGCUUUAAACAACAAAGUAUGUUCCUAAAGUUGUGACACUGGUCAAAUGAUUGUUUCUGAAAGGUGGUUGUUAUAGUUAUCGAACACCCACUGGCCACAUUGGUUUUCUGUACCCUUUCUUUGUAUCUUGGUUCGAUCACAGAAAAUAUCCAUUGUAUUUCAUAUGACUACAAAACUUGACAUUCCCACUGGCCAACGACAAAGACACUAUAUUUAAUUUAAAGAUAUAUAUUUGAAAACAGCCAAACAAAGACUUGAAAUCCACAUCUGAUGAUUUUGCUCUGAAUUUAGCAGCUGCAAUCAUAAGUGGUGUGUGUAUGUUAAGAAGUGGCCCAUUUAGAUUAGUGGAAUGAAGGUUGGGUAUACUAAGCCAUUGAUCCUUUCUUGCUUCCAGUAAAAGGUUUAACUUCUCUGACAAAUAUAUCAAUCAUUAACGGAGGGAAAGGAGUACACAUGUGGAGCAGAUCUGUGUAUUUUCAAAGAAUGAAUUUCUUCUUCAGAUAUUGCAAACCUUACACUUUAGAUAUAUAUGAAUAUAUAGAUACUUAAGUUAACUUAAGAUUAUCAUGGUUCUGUUUGUUCCACUUUUACACGUUUGAUAAACCAUUUGUUUGAUAAGAAUGUAUUAAAGUUAAUUCGGCAAUAAUACUAUACUUGAAUAGUACUUGUUUCAGUGUCUGGGACAAAGAAAAAGAUGGAGGGAUGAGGGACGGCUCUAAUCGAUGUUUGAUUUGAGAGUGUAUGUACUGCCAGGGAUUUCAGUCUGAAUAGACACCAAGAAAAUUUGCCUUUCAAAAGCUAACACUGGAUUUUCACAAUGAUACUAUCUCACCAUCUUUGGCUUUUCAUCCUGUGGCUGAAUAUUUACAGAUCUUUGCAAUGGAGGG